AUGGGUAAGAAAACGAGGAGAAAGUCCAACCGGCCCAUCGACAAAACCCUUACCGCCGCCCUAGGAGCCGAACCCGACCUCGAGCCCGGUCAACAGGCAUCCUCCGCCGAGUCUCACGAUGCGACCCAGCAGUUGGAGAAGCCCAAUGAUGCCGGAGAUGUAGCGCCGGUUGUCGAGAAGGACACUCCGACCCAGAGCGACGGGAGCCUCAAGCGCGCGACGCCCCAUGAUGCCGACGACGAGGAUGGAGGGUGGCAGGUUGUUUCGCGAGCAAACAAGAAGCUCAAGAAGAUCCCCAAGCCUGGCAAGAACUAUCCCACCAUUGCGUUUUCGCCCAACGCCCGACUCCAGUCCAAGAUCAACAUCUCGCAGCUGAGAGACCUGGUAACAUACAUUUUUGCCGACGGUCCUGGCCCCCAGUGGAUCGGCAUCACCCAUCGUCCUGCCUUUCGCAAGAUCGUUGCCAUUAUGAUACCCGGCCUUGAGGAGGCCAUGUUCAAGGAUACGGUGGACUUCGCGACGUACAACGACGUCGCAAGAGGAGAGGUUUCCAUUGGCACAUCACCCGACGACUAUUAUCCUAGGGUACUAAAGAAGGAGCGUUUACCAGAGGUGCUGCAGCCAUUUGCAGACAUGUUUACCCAUCUGUGGCCCGUCAAGACGCCAGGUGACGACAAGCAUGGGAAGAUGCACUCGCCAAUGGCAGCGUUUCUGACAACACCAAUUCCCAAGGACAAGAUCAACAAGAAGGGCGUCAAGCCAGCAUCAGAACCCCAAGGCUGGAAAAACCAGAGGACCCGCAUCACAGAGUUCCUCUGCACCGCUGAUGAGCUGAGUGAUAACGGCUAUCUAGUUCAUCCAGCUUUGCUACCAGAGGGCGUCGCCAGGGAUGAGUUUGUUGCCCCCGAAGGUUGGGUGGUGACCAAGGUGGACAAGCUGGAGGAUGGGGAAGUCCCUGAGGACGAGGUCCAGCAGGGCAGCAUCACGGCGGGCCGAGAAGUCUUGGCUCUCGACUGCGAGAUGUGCAUGACUGGCGAGAAUGAGUUCUCCCUGACGCGCAUCAGCAUAGUCAACUGGACCGGCGACGUGGUGCUUGAUGAGCUGGUCAAGCCCGAUAAGCCCAUUAUUGACUACGUUACCCAGUUCUCUGGCAUCACAGAAGAGAUGCUCGCACCUGUAACAACUACCCUGCGCGAUAUUCAGGAGAAGCUCCUGGAGAUUCUACACCCUCGUACAAUCUUGGUCGGCCAUUCCUUGGAGUCUGACACCAAGGCCCUCCAGAUUUCUCACCCUUUCAUCGUCGACACCUCCAUCAUCUUCCCGCACCCUCGCGGACCUCCUCUCAAGUCAUCCCUCAAGUGGCUUGCGCAAAAAUACCUGUCCAAGGAGAUUCAAAAGGGCGGCGCCAACGGCCACGACAGCAUCGAGGACGCCAAGACCUGUCUCGAUCUAGUCAAGCAAAAGUGCGAAAAGGGCAAGGCCUGGGGCACAUCGGACGCCCAAGGCGAGAACCUCUUCCGCAGGCUGGCGCGAGCAGGUACCGCGUACAAGGCUCAAGGGGGAGAGGCCGGAGGGUUAGAGGUUGGCAAGACGAGUGCUGCUGUAGACUGGGGCGACCCGUCCAAGAGCGCCGGAGGCGGUGCGACACAUCAACUCGGCUGCAGGAACGACGAGGAUGUGACCAACAACGUCAUCCGCGCCGUCAAGGGAGACGAAGACGGACUGGAGAUCCGCGGUGGAGGCGUCGACUUCGUAUGGGCCAGGAUGCGUGAGCUCGAGGCCCUCCAAGGCUGGUGGAACCGCAACCGCAUCGACAACCCCAGCAGUGAUGGUGGUCCACCACAAGAUGGAAGCGACGAUGCAUCAUCGUCCAAGUCCAAGUCCCAGCUGGAGCAAGCCCUCGGCCGCCUCACGGAGCGUCUCGGGCGCAUCUACGAGGCCCUCCCCCCUUGUACCGCCUUCAUGCUGUAUAGCGGCUCGGGUGACCCGCGAGAGAUGUCCCGCCUGCAGAAGAUACAGUCGCAGUGGCGCAAGGAGUACAACACGCCCGGCAAGAAGUGGGACGAGCUGAGCGUCAAGUGGACCGACACCGAGGAGCAGGCCCUCAAGGCGGCAGCUCGCAAGGCCCGGGCCGGCAUCGGCUUUGUGAGCGUCAAGUGA